AUGUUUAUCGUGUUUUAUUUAUUGAUAUUGACUAGUUGCAGUCGUUAUUUCGCCCAAGGACAAAUUAAUUAUGAAAGAGAAUCUCGAGAUUCUUGUGUAAUAGCAAGGACAAAUGAAAAUGGAGUUUGCAAAAUCCUAUCAAAUUGUCCCAGUGAACAAGCUAACUUGAAAAAUAAACUUUUCCCUACAGUGUGUGGCUUUAAUGGCAAUGAGAUUAUGGUUUGCUGUGCAACUGAAUUACCGAACAGAAAAACUAGAGAACCAGGAGAAAUAGCCGAUGAAAUGUGUAGAAAUUAUUCACAAUAUGUAUGGACGGAAGAACUGAGCCCGCUAUCGAUCAUAAACCCCGCUCCAAUAAAAAGAUACGAUUGUCCGUUUGACAAAUUACCACUUAUCCUUGGGGGAACUGAAUCUGAUAGAAAGGAGUUUCCUCAUAUGGUUCAAUUGGGAUUUGAUGAGGAACCUGGUAUAACAUGGGGAUGUGGUGGUACCCUUAUAAGCAACCAACACGUUUUAACCGCCGCUCAUUGUAUCGAACAUAAAACACUAGGUUUCGUAAAAUUUGCACGAAUGGGCUUCAUAAAGGUAGACGAUGCCAGGCACAGGCAAGAAUUUAAAAUAAUCGAACGAAUCACUCAUCCACAAUAUGAACCACCUGCUCACUACCACGACAUCGCUAUAGUAAAAUUGGACCAAAAGCCUGAUUUGAAUCUUUAUGUCAGACCUGCCUGUAUCUACACGAAAAGAAAAGCACCAGGAACUCGAGCCAUAGUUACAGGUUGGGGCAAAAUCCAAGAUGGAGGUGACGAAAGCAAAGUGCUACUGAAAACAAUAUUGGAAUAUUACGAUCGAGAUUAUUGCAGUAAAGUGUUUAAGCGUCAAUCGAGUUUAAAGGAAGGUAUUAGAGAUGAUAUCAUGAUUUGUGCAGGGUUCAGGAAUGAGACUAGAGAUGCUUGUCAGGGUGAUUCUGGUGGACCUCUCCAAGUUUAUACACUUCAAAAGGGUGAUCACAUGGCAUGCAUGUACGACAUAAUCGGUGUGACUUCUUUUGGAAUAGGUUGCGGAAUAGCCACCGAAAUCCCAGGAGUUUACACUCGAGUAUCAAACUAUGUGAAAUGGAUUGAAGACAUUGUAUGGCCACAAUAA